AUGGAACACAAACACAAUGUCACAGAGUUCAUUCUUCUGGGUCUUACAGAGAAUGCAGAGCUGCGGAGACUACUGUCAGCCACGUUUCUAAUCAUGUACGUGAUCAUGGUGCUGGGAAAUCUCCUCAUCAUGGCAACCGUGAUCACCAGUCCGAGUCUGAGAUCCCCCAUGUACUUUUUCCUCACCUUUCUGUCCCUUUUGGACGUCACCUACUCAUCCGUCAUUACCCCUAAGCUGAUUGUGGACUCCCUCUCUGAGAGCACCACCACCACCAUCUCCUUCGAGGGCUGCAUGAGCCAGCUCUUCGCAGAGCAUUUCUUCGGUGGAGUGGGGAUCAUCCUCCUCCUGGUGAUGGCCUACGACCGCUACGUGGCCAUCUGUAAGCCGCUGCACUACGUGACCAUCAUGAGGCCGUGGAUAUGCUGCUUGUUAAUGGUGGUGGCUUGGGCAGCGGGAUUCCUGCACGCAACAGUUCAGCUUCUCUUCAUGUAUCAAAUACCCUUCUGUGGCCCCAAUGUCAUCGAUCACUUCAUAUGCGACUUGUUCCAGUUGCUGACCCUGGCCUGCAUGGACACCCGCACGCUGGGCCUCUGGGUCAUCCUCAACAGUGGCGUCAUGUGCAUGGCGAUCUUCCUCAUCCUCAUUGCCUCCUACGUAGUCAUCCUACGUUCUCUGGCAUCUCACAACCUCGAAGGGAGGCGCAAGGCCCUCUCCACCUGCGGCUCCCACCUCACAGUGGUGGUGCUGUUCUUUGUGCCAUGCAUUUUCCUGUAUGUGAGGCCUGUGGCCACUUACCCCAUUGACAAAGCCAUGGCUGUGUCAGACUCCAUCGUCACACCCACGCUGAACCCCCUGAUCUACACUCUGAGAAACGCAGAGGUGAAAGCAGCCAUGCAGGGACUGUGGAGGAGAAAGGAGACCCCAGCCGGCAGCUGGUCGCCCUGCUGUGCACAGCGUGCUUUCCGUAGAUGGAACUGA